GGAAAACAUGAGAUGAAAGGUGAAGAAAGGAAAGAGUGAAACACUACUUUCUCUGCAGAGAAGUGUCCAAGAACAACAGUGUCAUUGUAGCCUUGCAGGAGUUUCCUUUCACCUGAAGAUUGUUGAUUAAUUAAAUCCAUGAUUUCUUGACUUCAACUAUCACAUCUGUUGCAAAAUCCUCUGGAUGAAAAAUGGAGGAUGGCCGUCAAAAUGAAAAUGACAGACAUAAGAUGGACUACUACAGAGGACCACAUUCCAUGUGGAAUACUGGUUCCCAGCAUCAAGUGAAAGAGCCAAAUGCACUGGUUAUGAAUAAGAAGAUUAGGUCCAUUUUGGCUGAAAGGCAGGCUGCUAUUCUAGAGCUUGAACUGGAGGCUGCAAUAUCUGAAAAGAAUGAAGCCUUGGCUGCUCGAGAUGAAGCCAUUCGACAGAGGGAUGAAGCACUUGUUCAAAGAGAUAAUGCUAUUUUGGAACGGGAUAAUGCCCUUGCAGCUCUUCAGAGUCGGAACAGUUCUGUUACCUUCCCUUUUGGCAGUGGAAUUCAAUGUGGAUCAAAACGAAUUCAUCAUUCUUCAAACCAUCUGUGUAUCAUGUCUGAAGCUGCGUACAAAACAAAGGAUGCCUCCCCAAUUACAGUUAUACCUUCUGAAGUUGUCAAAUCUCAUCAAGCAAAGAGAACAAAGGAGAACAAGGUCAUUGGUUCUAAGGCAUCAAACCCACCCUACAAAGUAAAGAAAAUGGGCGAGGAUUUAAACAGGAAGGCUUCUUUUGAAGGUACAAAAAUCCGAUCUGAAUGGCAUAGGCAAGAUGUUGGCCUGAAUUUGGUUAAAUUUGAUGAAACUACCAUGCCAGUUCCAGUUUGCACAUGUACUGGCAUACCACGACAGUGCUACAAAUGGGGGAAUGGUGGAUGGCAGUCAUCUUGUUGUACCACAACAUUGUCUAUGCAUCCAUUACCACAACUUCCAAACAAACGCCAUGCUCGCAUUGGAGGACGAAAGAUGAGUGGAAGUGUUUUUACCAGACUUCUCAGCAGGUUGGUGUUAGAAGGCCAUGAUUUAUCAAUACCACUAGAUCUUAAGGAGUAUUGGGCCAGACAUGGAACCAAUCGCUACAUCACCAUCAAGUAGCCUCCUGAAAUUUGUCAGUAUUGAGUAGGUUUCAUUUUGAACCUCUUGCAACAGUUUCAUUUUGAACCUCUUGCAACAACUGACCUCUAGUUGAAAUCAUGCCUUGACUGGUAUGCUUGACUCUUGGGAACAUGAUAUGACUUUUCAGUAGAAGGUACCCCAUACGUAGUCACUGAUUUGGCUAGACUCAACUUUGAUCCUUAUUAUAAAUGAGAUACCUGUAAAGUAUCAUGUAUACAUGUGACUUUCUAAGUAACUAGGGGUAGACCCUUUUGGUU